AUGGGACAUAUAAUUAAUCCAAAUAUUUAUAGAUUAGGAAAGAUGGUUCCAUGGGUAUCCUCAGGGUUUAAACGAAAAAAAAAUGAAAGAAGUAAAGUUGCAAAUGAAGAUUUUUUAAUUUAUAAUUUUACACGAAAUUUUUUUUAUAAAAAAGUAUAUAAAAAAGUAGUAGCUAAAGUAAAGAAAGCAAAAUUAAAAGUAAGAAAUAGCAGAAUAUCACGAAAAUCGAAAAAAAAAAGAAAAUUUGGACGAACGUCUUUAUUAAAUCAUUGGAUUAUUAAAUAUAGUCAUUUAACAAUAACUCGAUUUAAUAAAACAUUUCAAUUAAAUAUAUUUUUUUUUGAUAGAGAAUUACAAAAAAGAUAUAUUCUUAGAACGGCAAAGCCAGAAAAAACAGCACAAGAAGUGGCACAUCAAAAAAAAGUAUUAAAAUUAAAACAAUUACUAGUUGCUAAACGACUAGAAAAAAAUAAAUAUAAGAAUAUAUAUUUAACGGCUCCAAUUAAAAUAGACAAACAAGUAACAGCAGGAGUACAAGGAUUUAGUCAAGAAUUAGCUAGAGAAUUAAAAACAUAUAUCACUCCAAAACGAACAGAUAUUAUAAAUUAUAGUCUUGCUCGAGCUUGCAUGCCUGCAGGUCGAGAUAUUAGACAAAAACAUCAGAAUUAUGAACGAAUUUAUAUUUAUAAAGAUAAUACAUUUGAAAAAAAUAAAGUAAAAGAUAGAUUAACAGUAUUACCAAAUUUAAAGGAAAAUGAGACAUAUAAACAAUUAUAUUCAAAAAAAUUAUUAAUAAAAAUUUAUAAAAAAAAAUAUAAAAAACAUGUUAAAGCUGUAAUAAAUUAUAAAUUUCCACAAAAUUAUCAUGAAAUUGAUUCUUUAUAUUUUAAAACACAAGCACGAUACGCAAAUAAUUAUUUAUUUGCAAAAGGUAAACAAGCAAAACAAUUUUAUAACCGUAAGAAAAAAUAUAUAGAAGCAAUUAGAAAAAAUGAAACAUUAGGUAUAAUGUUAAAAAAAAAAAAUGUUAAUUUAUUAAAUAGAGUUGAUAAUUUCCUAAUUAACGUUUAUGAAGAUAGAUUAGAUAUAGAUAAAUUUAAGGUUGCAGUAAAGCAGGUAAAUCGUAAGGAAUUAUUAAAAAAAAUAAAACAAAAUGAUUUAUGGAAAAAACAUUAUUUACGAAUUAAAAUAAAAAGAAGAGUGAAUACUCAAAGAAGAAGACAAAGAGCGCCAUAUAAAUACGCAAAACUUCUUGAAAAAAGAAACAAAAAAGAAUAA